GUUAUGACGUUGGCGAUAUUUUCUGGUGGGUGGUGGCAUAGAUCAUAGAUAAUGCACUAGUUGACGACUGGAUAUUCAAUUCCAAGAGUAUGAUUCAAUUCCGAUAGUUUCAAGUAUAAAUGGAAAAAAUCUAACAUUAAUUACCUACUGAUCAAUUAAAUAAUUUCAUUACGUUCCAUAAACAGUUGAUUAAUUCCACUAUCAAACGUACAGUUAUGACAGAAGAGUAGGUAAAAUAUUGGUAAAAUUAAUUAAGUGUGUGAUUAAGUAAUUAUUGGCUAUAAAUUCCAAUAAAUUCAUCCAAAUGAUGGCUGGAUCGGCAUUAAGAAGGCUAAUGGCCGAAUACAAACAAUUAACACUGAACCCACCAGAAGGGAUAAUAGCGGGGCCGAUUAAUGAAGAGAACUUUUUUGAAUGGGAAGCUCUAAUAGCGGGUCCAGAAGGCACUUGUUUUGAAGGUGGCAUUUUUCCAGCAAAGCUACUGUUCCCACCUGAUUACCCCCUGAGUUCACCAAAAAUGCAGUUCAUUUGUGAAAUGUUUCAUCCCAACAGUAAGUGA